GUCGUUUGGUCAACAGUCCUUGUGUCGUUACCCAGAGGCAUUUUUUCUUAAUUCCCCAACGGCAGUCCCAAUCCUUUUCCGUCUUCCCUGCAAGAAGUUCUACUUGAGUACAAUGGUAAACGAUGCUGCUCUGAGGUCAUCAAUGGUGUGCUUAGCGGCAACCAUAGUGGCAGUCGGGUUGUGGACGCUCUCACUGAAGAAGAUGAUGGUUACGUACGUUGUUUUCAUGCUUGGGAUCGCCGGUGUGCUUCUGCCUGACUGGGAAUACUUCGAUCGAGAUUUCUUCCGGUGGUGCUACCCGGUUACCUCCGAAGAAAGAGACAAACUUACUGCUCUUGCUCAAAGAUCUCUGCUAAGAAGGUAUAGGAUCUACCCGUUGAGAAUUGUUGUUUACGGGACAAUUUAUGGCUAUGGUCUGUACAAGUGGUGGAAAUUUGUAUCAAGCUAAUUGCUGGAAUUCUGCAACAGUGUGUUUUACGAUUGGUUUGAGAUUGUUGUAAUGUAUUGAAUCGGUGCCGUGUUUAUGAUUAUGAAAAAAAUUUUGUUAGUAGUGUUUUGAUAAAUUAUCUUUCGACGAGUAUUAUAAAGUGUUGUGACCAAUUUUGAUAUUCGAUGUAUUUCAUGUUUGCAUUACUUUUGUUCUAAUAAGUUGGGGAAACAAGAGGAUGCCCAAUAAUAUAUCUUGAUGUUUCUU